AUGGCAUUGCAGGAACAGUAUAAAUUCAUGGAGCCGUCCACUUCUACGGCCGAGGCUUCAGAGGACGAUUCGCGCGUCGUGUUCGCCAAGAACUUCCUCUUCGUCGUCAACGAGUUAACUCAACGACUCGAAGACGACUCCAGAAAUGCCGGCGACCCGUGGACCUUGCUGAGUUGGCUCCUCCAAUCCUGCCGUCUAAUCGCUCGUCUACUCAAUGCAAAUCCGGCCCUCCGCCACGAGCUCACCCCCAAAUUCCUCGCCGACAUCAUUUGCGCCAAUGAGCAGUUACUGGAAUUCGGCGAGACGGGCAACGCCAAGAAUUACGAGCGCUUUCUGGCGGACGUGCCCCUCGUCGAGCUGGCCGUCGAGUUGACGCUGUUGUCGCGGCCAAGAAGCCAAUUCCCGAUCCCCUGCUUCUUUCAGAAGGCGAUCGGCGCACGUCUAACCUCGUUGCUCAUUCGUGACGAUGGUCUCUCCGCUCUUCUCACCGCCUACAACCAAAUGGCCAACGACGCGAUGUGGCAAAACGAGCAACUGCAAUUCCAGCUGGCCAAGCAGCUCGCCCUCGUCCCCCGCAGCCACAAGCCGAUCGUCUACUACGAGAAGAUCGCCCGACAGCUAUUCCAAGUGCUUUUGGCGGGCACUCUUCCGAUUGGCCGGCUGAUGGCGCUGUUCACCGACGUGCUGAUGGGCAAGGGCGAAGCGGGCAAGCACGCCGCCAAGGUGUUCAUCUUCGACCGGCUCUUCCAAUUCUGGGAGUCGCUGACUCCAGAAUCGGCUCCGCGUCGAUGGGACGAUGCUGCGGAUGGGUCGGUGCGUCUGCUGGGCACGUGGGCGCGCAAGAAACACGCUGCUCCCGCCGCAUUCGCCGAGCACGGAAUGCUGCGCCUUUUGGAGGUGUCACCCACGCUGCUCGGGCUGCUCGAUUGUGACCUGUUCGCCCCGGAAAAGCCGUCGGAGGCCAUCGUCAAGCUGCGAAAGUCUCUCCUCGAAAUCAUCACAUUUGCCCUGGCGUCUGUGGAAAAUCAGGCCGAUUUCCUGUGCCGAUACAUGCUGCGCGGCUCGCCGGCGCCCUUCUUGGCGCUGUCGGAAACGGGCGGCCAUUAUGUGCAGGAACAGGGAUCCGCUCGCCUACAACUACUCGUUGCCCCCGAUCCAGUCGAACACGCGGAGGAAGCGCUGUCGAAGCGUAUCCGGGCGGUCACCAUCUACAUUCAGUGGCUCCCUCCGGCCGAGAAGACGGCCCUCGUCGUGGAAUGCAUGGCCAUCUGCACCAAGGAGUGGACGGAUUCGCGGAUGGGGGAAGAAACGUCACUGCCACCCGGCCACCACCAGCAUCACCGCCCACGAUUCGUCGACUUCGAUGGGGCACAGCAGGGCAAUGUGGCAACCAGUCUCUCGUCGCAUAUGGCGGUGGGUGUACUCUUCGAGACGAUGGGUUCCGUCGACUCGUUCGACUUCUCGGAUCGACGCGUCGCUGCCGCCAUUGUUUCCCUUGUACAGACUCUCCUCUCGAGCACGACGCGUCUUCUUGGCUAUCGUCAAAUCGAGGGUGAAGCCACGGACGAGCAGGAGGACCAGUUGAUGGCGCGCAACGUGAAGCUGGCUGUGGGGUUGGCGGGCGGCAUGCUGUUGGCGGCCACUUUCGAUCCCGAGCUGUCCUCGCUGCUGCCGUUGAUGUGCGAGGAGAUGGAGAAGCUGUCCGGCACCGUCGACCGUAUUCCCGCCGUCAAUGAAGCCAUCAGAAGGGCCGCCGAGGAGGGGCGCAGCGUCGCCGACACGAUGCGCGGCAAUGGCCCAGCAGCCAGCCGCCAAUCUGCCGACCAACGACGGCCGGCUGAGAAUGCGGAGGAGAACACCGAAAAAGGGGAACUCGACGAGUUCGAGCUGUUGCGCGUCGACCUGUACGACGACAGCGAGGCGAUUCUCGGCCAGGCGUUGCUCAGGGUGUCGCGUGGUGUGCGUCGUAGCUACAGCAGAUACAGGGCGGCCGUCGAGGAGUGGAUUUACGAGCGGACCGUCGAACUGCUCUACCACGCCGACUCGUACGUCUACCUGAGCGCCAUCAACGCCCUCGCCGAGAUGGCCAUCGCCGACACGCGCUAUCUGGAGCGUCUCGUACAGUUACAGGCUGAAUGGCGUCUGCCGGGCCCCGAAAAAGAAGCCGACGACACGCGGUUGAUCAUGAGGGGUCGUUUGAGCGAGGCCACCGGCAAAGUCUUCAGAUUUCUCGGAAACCUGGGUCCGGAAUGGCUGCAACGGCUGGCCCCGGUGUACAUUGGCGAUCUACAAUCGGAGGAAGAGAUUACAAGAGCCGGCGCCCUGUCGGCAAUCUCAGAUAUGGUGGCCGCCUGUCGGGGGAGGGGCGUCGAGACGUUCGCCGAUCAGAUAAUCCACGUGACGCCGAAAUUUCUGCUGACGGAGCCAUCUCCGCUCGUGCGCCGGGCAUUCGUCCAUCUUCUGCGCGACCUCAUCCGGGCCCCAUCCUGUCGUAUGCUUGAUCUGAUGACUGGGGAACAGCUUCGAGAUGUCCGUCGAUGUCUCACUCGUCUAUGGAAAUGGGAUGGCGAUCACGUUGUUCGUCUACACGCCGAUCUCGCACUCCAGGAAAUGGGCGCCAAUCUCCAGGAAGCAGCCUCGGCCGACGAUCGCCCACAUCAUCACCGCCUGCUACAAAUCGAU